AUGUACAGAUAUGAAAAACGUGUGAAAUAUUAUGGGCAUAUUGAGAAUAAUGAUGAAUCAAAAAAUCAAACGAAAAGUAAUGAACAAAAUCUAGUAAAUUCAGUUUAUGCAUAUGGUGAUGGUCUUCAACAAGGUCAAGUUGGUAUUGAAACAGCAUUUAUCGUCGAUGCACGUGGUAUAUCGAAUAUAGAUGAUGAAAAUGAUGUUAAAGUUGUCGUUACUAGCCCAUCUAAAAAUCCAUGUGAUAUGCAAGUUAUUAAUAAUCGUGAUGGUACAUGGACUGUAAGUUAUAUACCAAAUGAAGUUGGUGAAAGUUAUAUUGAUAUAUUUCUUGGUGAUGAACUUGUUAGUGGAAGUCCAUUUAAAGUUAAUAUAUUCGAUAUAAAUCAAAUUCAUGUGUCAAAUCUUGAUGGUGGUACUGUUGGUUGUUUAGUUAAAUUUGAUAUUGAUGCUAGUAAAGCUGGUAUUGGUCAAUUAGAAAUAAUUAUUCAAGAUGGAUUAUUACCAUGUGAAGCUAUACCAUAUGAUUCAUUUCGAUUUGCAGCCACAUUUUUACCUAGUAUACCUGGAUUGCAUACGAUUGAUGUUAAAUUUAAUGGAUUACCUGUACCAGGUAGUCCAUUUUCAUGUUUUAUUAAUGAUUUAUCUCGUGUGACCGUAUCGGAUAGUUUAACAAGUGCUCCUAUAGGAGUUCCAUUAUCAUUUGAUAUAUAUCAUUGGGAUAUAAAUGAUCAAUAUAAUCAAUCUGCUAAACUUCAUAUUGCUAUAACUACUCCAUCGGGUCGUUCUGUUCCUUUUACACGGUCACAAUUGAACGGAAGUAUUACACGUAUUGAUUAUGUUUUAAAUGAGAUCGUUGAAGAUGAUGAUGAAUCUGAACAAAAUUUUACUCGACGUUUAAGUUUUACAGAAAAAAGUAAACAACGUUUAGAAUUAUAUCGACGUCGUUCAUUACAACAAACUUAUGAUGAUGGCACACAUCGUGUUGACAUCCGUUCGAAUAAUAAUAGUAGCGGUAGAAUGGAUAUUAACGGUUCACCAUUUGCUCUCAAAGCAUUUGAUUCAAAUCGUUUAAUUGUCUCGGAUAUUCCACGUCUUGUUACAUACAAUCAGCCAGUAGAAUUUACAAUUGAUGCAUCAAAAGCAGGAGAAGGUCAACUUGAAGUUGCUAUUAAUGAUGGGUUAGUACCAAAUCAAGUAAAAGCAUUGGGUAAUUCAAAAUUCCUAUUUACAUUUAUACCAAAAACAACUGAUCCACAUUUUGUUUCCAUUAAAUUCAAUGGUCAUCAAUUAUCAGAUUUUCCAAAAGAAUGUCAAAUAUUUUCAACCGAUGACAUAACAACUCGUGGUCCUGGUCUUAGUCAAGCAUUACUCGGUGCUCAAACAUGGUUUACAAUUGAAACACCAAAUGGUGAAUCAAGCGAUGUUAAAGUAACUGUACUUACACCAAACAAUGAAGAAUUAACUCCAUCAACACGUCUUACAGCAGAUGGUCUUCGAGUUGAUUGGAUACCAUCUGAAGUUGGUACUUAUACUGUUCAUGUUAAAUUCGCUGACAAUCCUGUACCUGGAAGUCCAUUUCGUGUUAAAUGUUAUGAUCCACAAAAUAUUGUUAUUACACCACCAACUGGUGAUAGUUCAGUACGAAAACCAACAAGAUUUCUAGUUGAUGCAUCUCGAGCAGGUGAAGGAAAUCUUGAAAUAAGUGUAAAUUAUUCCGGUCGUAAUAUUCCAAAUCAAGUUAAUCCUAUUGGUAAUAGUCGCUUCGAAGUUCAAUUUACUCCACAAGAAGCUGCAAUACAUUAUUGUAAUGUUCUAUUUAAUGGCGAACCUGUACCAGAUAGGAAGAAAGCAUACGCGUGUGUAAUGCUUAGUGUUGAUCAUCCAGUAGUUGACGAUGAUGGGACAUCAUCCUUGGUUCAUUCAUCUACAGGAAGUCCAUUUGCUGUCAGUGUCAUGGACACACAACGUGUUGUAGUAUUUGGUAAAGGUUUAGGAUCUGUACCUGUUAAUGUUCCAACAUCAUUUACAAUUUUAACACAAAAUGCCGGCGUUGGAGACUUGAAAUGUUCUAUAAAAGAUCCUGACGAUCAUUUAAUUUCUUCUAUUCUAACAAAAAUGGAUACAAAUCGAUACGAAGUAUCCUAUACACCAGAUGUUGUCGGUGAUUUUAAAAUUGAAGUAGCUCAUAAUGAUAUCCCUGUAGAUGAAAAACCAUAUACAGCCCGAGUCUUUGAUGUUAACAAAGUAAUGGUCUAUGAUUUCCCAUCAUCCGCUAUUGUUGAUACAGCAACCUAUUUUAUUAUUGAUGCAACAGAUUCUGGUUCGGGUAAUCUUGAAAUCGCUGUAUCAAUUAAUGAAAAAAAUAUUCCAAACUAUGUACAAAAUGAAGGCGGUGCUCGUUUUCGUGUUAAAUUUACUCCUGAUCAAAGUGGAAUAUAUUAUAUUCACAUUAAAUUUAAUGGAAUUGAUAUUCAUGGAUCUCCAUUUGCAUGUAAUGUAUUUUCAAGUGAUUUUACAUUUGAAAACUAUGAAUAUACACCCAUUAAUAAACGUACAUCAUUUGUAAUUAAACCAAAAGCAAAUUCUGUAUUUAAUCCAAAUAUAUUUAUUAAUAUAAUUUCUCCAUCUGGUACUGAAAUCGAAGGAAAAAUCGAAGAAAAAUCUUCCAAUCUUUAUACAAUUCGAUUUAUUCCAAAUGAAAUCGGUGAUCAUCAAAUCGUAUUCUAUAGUGAUAAAGAAAAAAAAUUUAUUAUAGCAAAAUUUAUUAGUCAAGUAUUUGAUGCAAAUAAAAUACAUAUUAAUGAUUUAUCACCUGCUAUACCCCAUCGACCAUACAAAUUUACUAUUAACACAAUAGAAGCUGGUGAUGGUCAUUUAUCUAUAAAAAUUAAACAAAAUGGCACUCGAUUAACUCAUGAACAAACUCGUUUAACUUCUCAUACUUAUGAAGUUUCCUUUGUACCUGAAACAUCAGACGAAUGUAUACUUUCAGUAAUAUUUAAUGGAGAUGAUAGUUUAGGUACGUUUAAAAUACCAGUGACAAGUGAAUGUAAAGAUAUUCGUGUUCCACAAAUUCCACCUGGUACUGUUGGUAAACCAAUUACAUUUACGAUCGAUCUCAUCGAAUCAAAACCUAUUUCCGUUCUUGUUACUGAAUCUCAUGGUGGUCUUACAUUUACACCAAAUGUAGCUCGUCAACAUGCAAUAUUAAUAACAUAUAAUGAUCAACCUGCAUCAACUUAUCAUGCUGAUGUAUUUGAUAUAAAUAAAAUUCGUGUUAGUUCAAUUGAUGAUGGAGUUAUUGGUAUUCCAUUAGUUUUUACGGUUGAUACACAUGGUGCUGGUGAAGGACAUUUAGAAGUAACAAUAAGUGAUGGUAAACGAACAUUACCAGCUGAACUUAAAAGUAUACAUGCAAGAAAAUUUGAUAUUGGUUUUCUACCUGAAGCAUCUGGAAAAUAUUUAAUAACAAUUGCAUUUAAUGGCUUUCCAGUUGAGGGUAGUCCGUUUAUAAUUCAUGUUCGUGCUCCAUCAACAAGUGAUAAAGGAAGUUCGGGAGGACAAACUGGAGAAGAUGAAGUAGAAGAUGAAGAGGAAGGUGAAGAAGUCGAGGAAGAAGAAGAAGAAGAAGAGGAAGAAGUCGAAGAAGAAGAAGAAGAAGAGGAAGAAGAGGAGGAAGAAGAAGAUGAAGAAGAAACUGGUGAUCAUGAAUUUUUAAUUGGUGGUCAAUUAGAAGGAACUAAAGUUGGUGAACUUGCUUGGUUAAUUUGUGAUACACCUCUUAGUGAAGUUUAUGAAGAUUUUGAUUUAUUUGUCACGGAUCCUGAUCAGAUUACUAUAAAACAUACUCGAAUACAAGAUUCAGGUGGUCGUUGGCGUGUUGAAUUUGAACCCAUUAAAUCUGGUAUUCAUCAAAUUCAAACUUAUGUUGCUGGUAAUGAUGAUUCACCGCUUAUUCUUGCAUCAAUGGAUAUUCUACCUGCAAAUUUUCACAGAACAAUUGAAGGUGAAAGAAUAAUUCAUCCCAAUGUACUUAAUUAUAUUACAAUAAAUUCUUCUAAUGAAAAUUUAAAAGUUCGAUUAAGACGUUCAAAUGGUGAUGAAACGCCAAUAGGACUCGAAAGAGAUGCAGUAGAAUGGAAAGUCUACUGUACUUUAACUGAAACUGAUUAUUAUCAAUUGAGUGUAUGUGAAAAUAAGGAUGAACAAAUAUUUGAUAUACAUUGUGUUAGUGAAGAAACAGAUAUAUUCCGGAAUGGCGGUAUUGAAGAUAUAACUCGAUUAAUUGUUGAUGAAAGUAAAUUAAAUGGAAGUGAUGUUAAUGUUAUUGUAAAAGAUCCAUUUGCUCAUACAAUUCCAGCGGCAUUCUAUCGAAAUUUUAAUCGAGAUUUAAUUAUUGAAUAUAUACCUACUAAACUUGAUAUUCAUGAAGUAUUUAUUCGAACACAAAAUAAUCUUCUUGAUCUUUGUCCUAUUCGUAUUAUGUCAUUUGGUGCGAAUAGUCCAUUUGAACCUGUACUUCGUGUACAAGUUAAAGAAGUUCUUCAACAUACAUUUGAAGGUGUUAUUGAUAAUGUUGAUAAAAUACAAAUUGAUAUUAUCGAUUCAUUUGAAAGACCAUUACCAUUUCAACGUUCAACCAAUGAAGUUGGAGAAUUAACAGUUGCUCUAUCACCUGUUCGUGUCGGAACUCAUUGGAUACGUGUAUCAAAUAAUGAUAGUAAAAAUUUUGCUUUAUUACCGAUAUUUGCAUAUGAUGAUGAUUAUGUUCCACUUUCACCAAUUGUUACACCUUCGCCAGAUGAUAAAAAAGGAAAACAAAAAUUAUUAAAAAAUGCCAAUCAUAAUCAUAAUAAUAACAAUAAUAAUAUUGGUUUUGAUUCAUUUAUUCCACUUUUAACUGGAAAAGAUUUAACAACAAUUAGUGAAACAUCUGAAGCUUCAUCUUCACGAACAACAUCUGCUUCAUCAUCAGAAUUGCCACCUCCCCCAUCUCCAAUCAAAGAAAUUCUUACAAAUAAUCCUCCAGUAUCUCCAACGGACUUUCCUCAAGCACCUCCUACAGAUGGUCGAUUAAGUCCGGAAGUACAAGUACUUGAUAUAACCGAUCUUAAUGAUCCAGGUGUUGGUAUUGUUUCAAAAUUUAGUUUUAAAGAUGUAGAUAAUAAAUUUCAUAUUGCAAUUUUUGAUGCUGAUGGAAACACAAUCAAUUAUAAAACUGAAUAUCUUAUUGAUGGAAGAAAACAAAUCUUUUAUGAACCUACUGUUGUCGGACCUGUUGAAAUUCAUAUAUCAAAAGAAAAUGAACCUAUUAAUGGUAGUCCAUUGAUUGUUCAUGCAUUUGAUCCAGCAUCAGUUUAUUUAAUGAAUUUCCCUGACAAACUUCUAUUGAAUGCAAUCAAUCGAUUUAUUAUUAAUCCGACAAAAGCUGGAAAAGGAUCGUUAAAAAUAGCGAUCAAAGAUCCACAAAAUCGAAGUGUUCCAAUUACUGUCCUCAAACGAUCAAAUGGCCAUGUUGCUGUUGAAUUUAAACCAAAUGUUUUAGGUUCAUAUACAACAUCUAUACUAUUUAAUCGAGUUGCAAUUCCUGAAACACCACUUCGAGCACAAGUUGAAUCAAAAGAUAUUCCCAUGUUAGAUGAACCUAUUCCACCUCCACCAAUGAUUAGAAGCUCUGUGGCCACUAGUGACAUUGAACCACGCAGUCGUUCUAGUGAUCCCAAACCACAAGAACGUGAACGACCACGUUCAGUAUCAUCUCAAACAACAUUUGAUCCUAUCAAUGCUCGUUUAUCAAAAUCAAAUGAAAAUCUAUCCCAAACAACAUCCCAAAAAACUCCAACAUUCAUUGAACAACAACGUGCAGAACGUAUUUCAAAAUCCGAAGAUCGACAUUCAUUAACAUCAGCCCCUAUACCAUUGAAUGAUCUACAAAUUCAACGAUUUAAUCUAUUAAAAGAUAAAUUCGAACGACAACAACCAAUUGAUACUGUAUUCGAUACUCGACGAUAUCCAUUUAAAGUCUUUUUACAACAUCCAUAUCCAUUAGUUAAUAUUGAUGUACAUCUCCUAAUUGAUCUUCCCCAUAUUGCAUAUGUACAUGUAACAAUAAAUGGUGCCGAAAUUCCCCUCCAAGCAGCUCGUAGAAAUGAUGAUACAUUCCUCCUUAAAUUCCGUCCAACUGCUGCCGGAGAUUAUUCAAUAAUAUUAAAAGAUUUCCUGGAGCAACCCAUUCCUGGUUCUCCUUUCAUGUUUCCCGUCUAUAAUCCCAGUACUGUCCAUUUUGAAUCAUCUAACCGUUUACAACCAAUAAAUGAUUGCCAUUUGAUUUGUAAUAUUGAUAAAGCUGGUCCUGGUAAAUUCUUUGUUAUGGUUUAUUCUCAAAUUGAUGAAAAUCAAUUUCAACCAGUCAUUAUUCCUAUUCAUAUACAUCCUCUUCCAUCAAAUCAUAUGCGUAUAUCAAUAUCCCCACCAAAAAUUGGCACAUAUCGAAUUUAUACAGCCUAUCGAAAUCUACCAAUUAACGUUUAA